AUGCCUGGCUCUGUCUCUCUAAUUCUUACCGCUAGAGUCCGAUCCUGGCUAGACUCUCUGAAAUAUGCCAUCGAUAUGUCGUUUGAUGAUGUAGCAGGUAACUUCGGCCAGUCUGGCAAUUCAAUAUUGGCCCUACUAGAAAAGCGGCACGCCACCUUGAUUACUGUUCAGCCAGGCUUUCUACGCACAUGUUUUCUCGGAAAUUACGGGAUGGUACCUGAGAGUAGGAUACCCGAGAAUGUCUUUCGGAACCAGUGGCUUGACCAGCUUAGUAGGAGUGUGCGAUUGAUGCUUUCCUGGCCAGAUGCUGAUAUUGCCACACUCCUUGGGCUUCCAACCACAAUCGAUCAUCGGGAUGAGAAAUCGUAUCUCCUUAUUAAUGUCCCCAUUACCAUAGAUCGUCGAGAAGCAUCGCCUACUCCACGUACCAAGUCGGAACUACCAACACCUUUGUCUAUCAUUUUCUAG